UCCAGCCUGGGUGACAGACCCAAACCGUCUCUAAAAAUAAUAAUAGCAAUAACAAAAUAAAAAUAAACAAAUGUAAUGCACCCAACUACGCCCCGGGAGUGGCACUAGGUUUCCGCAGCGCAGCGGCUGCGCCUGGGCGCCCCAAGCAACGCGACCAGCGCUGUCAGGAGGCGAAUGGGAGCCAGGACAGAGCUGGGGAGGCCACUGCGGUCAGGCGAGGGAUAAGAAGGCCGUCUGCGGCGUCAUUGACGGGGCUGAGGGAACACCGGGGAGAAGAGUGGCAGACAGCUCCGGAGCCGCACUGUCCGGGCGGCGCCGAAGUGGGGCCUCCCAGCGGUGUUCCUUUCAGCCAAUGGCCGCGAGAUGCGCCGUCCGACUGUGCCCCGCGCGGCACAGGGAGGGAACAAGCAGCCCAUGGGGUGCCAGAAAGCGCCAUCUUUCUAGGUGACUAUGCGAACUACCAGGGAAGAGUAGCCAGGGACAGGCUUCCCUGCCCGCGGUUAACCUCAGUGCCGCCACUACUUUAACCUGAAGCCAGGCAGCACUGCCGCCCUCAGUAAAGAUGGCUAACUGGCGCAGAGAAAAAGCCGGAAGCAACCAGGCCUUGCGGGGAGCCGACUGAGCGCCGCGGGGGCGUGGCCUGGCGGUGGAGGGGCGUGGCCAUCCGCUGUAAGCUGGGCUUGCGGUCUUUCAGUCGCACGCACCGCACCCAGUCCGGACCCUGUGGCGUCCUGGGGGCGGGUCCGCCGCCGGCCCCGCCCCCGCCCAGGUGUCUACCUUUGGGAAGCUGCCCGCCGAGUCUCCGAGAUUUGUCCCUGGUGGUCCCGCGGACUCCUCGUUCCUCCGCGGUCUCCAGCUGGCAGCGAUGGAGGGCGCCGGGGAGAACGCCCCGGAGUCCAGCUCCUCUGUCCCUGGGUCCGACGAGUCUUCCAGGGACCCACAGGCGCUGCCUCUGGAGGAAGAAUCGGGGGACUGCGCCCGGUCCCUGGAGGCCAAGAAACUCUGUGGGUAUUUAAGUAAGUUCGGCGGCAAAGGGCCCAUCCGGGGCUGGAAAUCCCGCUGGUUCUUCUACGACGAAAGGAAAUGUCAACUGUAUUAUUCGCGGACCGCACAGGAUGCUAAUCCCUUGGACAGCAUCGACCUCUCCAGUGCAGUGUUUGACUGUAAGGCGGACGGUGAGGAGGGGAUCUUCGAAAUCAAGACUCCCAGCCGGGUUAUGACCCUGAAGGGCAAGAAGAAGCAGAGCUGGAGGAGUUCCUGUGCCCUGUGAAAACACCCCCUGGGCUAGUGGGUGUGGCAGCUGCCUUGCAGCCCUUCCCUGCCCUUCAGAAUAUUUCCCUCAAGCACCUGGGAACUGAAAUACAAAACACAAUGCACAACAUCCGUGGCAACAAGCAGGCCCAGGCAACAGGCCAUGAACCUCCAGGGGAAGAUUCUCCACAGAGUGGGGAGCCUCAGAGGGAGGAGCAGCCCUUGGCCUCUGACCCCACCACCCCAGGGAGAGAGCCAGAGGAUUCUCCAAAGCCAGGACCCAAGUCUUCUCUGACGAUCAGUUUUGUUCAGAAAGCCAAGCGCCAGAACAACACCUUCCCAUUCUUUUCUGAAGGAAUCACAUGGAACCGAACUGCCCAGGAGAAAGUGGCAGCCUUGGAGCAACAGGUUCUGAUGCUCACUAAGGAGCUGAAGUCUCAGAAGGAGCUGGUGAAGAUCCUGCACAAGGCACUGGAGGCCGCCCAGCAGGAGAAGAGGGCGUCCAGCGCAUACCUGGCGGCGGCUGAGGACAAGGACCGGCUGGAGCUGGUGCGGCACAAAGUGCGGCAGAUCGCGGAGCUGGGCCGGCGGGUGGAGGCUCUGGAGCAGGAGCGGGAGAGCCUGGCGCACACAGCGAGCCUGCGGGAGCAGGAGGUGCAGGAGCUACAGCAGCACGUGCAGCUGCUUAUGGACAAGAACUACGCCAAGCAGCAGGUCAUCUGCAAGCUCUCUGAGAAGGUCACCCAGGACUUCACGCACCCCCCUGACCAGUCUCCUUUGCCCCCCGACGCUGCCGACAGGGACUUUCUGAGCCAGCAGGAGAAGAUCGAGCACCUGAAGGAUGACAUGGAAGCUUACCGGACCCAGAACCGCUUCCUCAACUCCGAGAUCCACCAGGUCACGAAGAUCUGGAGAAAGGUGGCUGAGAAGGAGAAGGCCCUCUUGACGAAGUGCGCCUACCUCCAAGCCAGAAACUGCCAAGUGGAAAGCAAGUACCUGGCUGGACUAAGAAGGCUGCAGGAGGCCCUGGGGGAUGAAACCAGCGAGUGCUCAGAGCUGCUGAGGCAGCUUGUCCAGGAGGCGCUGCAGUGGGAAGCCGGGGAGGCCUCAUCUGACAGCAUCGAGCUGAGCCCCAUCAGUAAGUAUGAUGAGUACGGCUUCCUGACGGUGCCCGACUAUGAGGUCGAAGACCUGAAGCUGCUGGCCAAGAUCCAGGCACUGGAGGUGCGCUCCCACCACCUGCUGGGCCUCGAGGCUGUGGAUCGGCCGCUGCGGGAGCGCUGGGCUGCCCUGGGCGAGCUUGUGCCCUCAGCUGAGCUCAAGCAGCUACUGCGGGCAGGAGUGCCCCGUGAACACCGGCCUCGUGUCUGGAGGUGGCUGGUCCACCUUCGUGUCCAGCACCUGCACACUCCAGGCUGCUACCAGGAACUGCUGAGCCGGGGCCGGGCCCGUGAGCACCCUGCUGCCCGCCAGAUUGAGCUGGACCUGAACCGGACCUUCCCCAACAACAAGCACUUCACCUGCCCCACCUCCAGCUUCCCUGACAAGCUCCGUCGGGUGCUUCUGGCCUUCUCCUGGCAGAACCCCACCAUCGGCUACUGCCAAGGCCUGAACAGGCUGGCGGCCAUCGCUCUGCUGGUCCUAGAGGAAGAGGAGAGCGCCUUCUGGUGCCUGGUGGCCAUUGUGGAGACCAUCAUGCCCACUGAUUACUACUCCAACACACUGACGGCAUCCCAGGUGGACCAGCGGGUGCUCCAGGACCUCCUCUCGGAGAAGCUGCCCAGGCUGAUGGCCCACCUGGGGCAGCACCACGUGGAUCUCUCCCUCAUCACCUUCAACUGGUUCCUCGUGGUCUUUGCAGACAGUCUCAUUAGCAACAUCCUCCUUCGGGUCUGGGAUGCCUUCCUGUACGAGGGGACCAAGGUGGUGUUUCGCUAUGCCUUGGCCGUUUUCAAGUACAAUGAGAAGGAGAUCUUGAGGCUACACAAUGGCCUGGAAAUCUACCAGUACCUGCGCUUCUUCACCAAGACCAUCUCCAACAGCCGGAAGCUGAUGAACAUCGCCUUCAACGACAUGAACCCCUUCCGCAUGAAACAGCUGCAGCAGCUGCGCAUGGUCCACCGGGAGCGGCUGGAGGCUGAGCUGCGGGAGCUGGAGCAGCUUAAGGCCGAGUACAUGGAGAGGCGGACAUCCCAGCGCAGAGCCAUGUCCGAGGGCUGCGCCAGCGAGGAUGAGGUGGAGGGGGAGGCCUGACUUGGCCACCUCCCCUCCCCAAAGCCUUCCUCACCCGUGGAGGUUGGGCACGGACCAGUGGCCCAGCCCUGGGUGUCCCAUCACCAUGUGAUCCUGGACACGUCCCUUCCCCUCUCUGGCCCUCAGUUUCCCCACCGGGACAUUGUGUGCUGCAAAGCCAUUGGUUGGGCUACUUCUUCAUAGGCAUGCACUUACCCAGGGGUGCCACCCUUUUGUCACCUCUUCCACAAGCACUUUGGCAUGUAAACAAGCAAGAGCACUGCCUCUAUAGGGUAACCUGGAACAUUCUCUAGGUGAUAUCAAUAUGAAACAAUGUAAAUGGUGGAAAUCAUUCAUAAGCUUUGGGACUUAAACAGUUCUCAGUUA